AUGGAAUGUCAAAACACAAAUUGUUGCGAAGAAAACUUAAUGGCUGAAAGAGACGAACUUCGACGAAUAUUGUGUGAAAAACGGGAAUGUAUGAAUGAAGUUCAACGAGAGCAUACGUGCAAUUUUAAUGAAUUAAUAAAUAGAAAUAAUACGUUACAUCAUGACUAUAAUAAAUUAAAACAAGAGCUAGAGAAACUCGAAAACGAACAUGAUCAAUUGUGUUGUGAGAUUAGUCAGAUUGAUAAAAAACUAGACGCACAGAAAGAAUCCGUUAACAUACUAAAAUGCAUUGAAUCGGCCAAAUUAAAGGAUGCAGAAGGACUACAAAAACAACAUUCUGAUACGUUGGAGAUGAAACAACUGUUUCUCGAUAAGAUAUGUACAGCACAAUUGGAACAAAAAGACAUAGAUAAAGAAAUGGUUUGUGUCCAAAAAAAAUUGGCUGAAAUAAUAACUCAACACACUGAACUGGAUAAAACUAUGUGUAUGGAACAAAAUCGAAAAGAAUGUUUUAUAUCGUCAAUAAACGAGUUAAAAAUUAAAAUUGAAAAACUCAACAGGUUGAUCCAAGUCGAGAAUACGAAACUGCAGACGCAGUUGAGUGAAAAGUCAGCGGAAGUAGAUGUGGUUAAACAAAAAAUAAAAUGUAAAGAAGCGGAAAUCAAAGUACUCAAAAAUCUAGUUAAAGAAUCAGAAGCAGCGUUGAAAACUAUUCUGGAUAAUUCUCGCAAAGAAAAAUGUAAAUUAGAGAUGGAAGCUUGUAAGCUUAAUAAAGAGAUUACUACAAUAACGUCAAACCUUGUCGCUUCCAAGACAAAAUUAUGCGAAACACAAAAAGAAUAUACUACUCUAGAAAAUCAUAUAAAUGAACAAAAAGAAGUAAUAACGGUGUUGGAAUCGACGAAAGAACAGUUACUACAGAAAUUUAAAAAAAUUAAGGAGGCGAAAGAAUCGACGACAGCAAUGAUGACAAAGUUACGUGGAUUGCGAGAGACAGAGAGGAAAAAUUUUGAAACGCAAUCGGCAUUCAAAAAUAAAGAAAAAUGUCAACUCAAUGAGCUAAUUAAAAAUCAAUUGGAAGAGAUAAAGGAAUUGCAGAGACAAAUAUUUGACAUGAAAAUUGGUCAGUGUGUGACAAUGGAUAAAACGGCAGACGCAUCACCGUUGGGAUCAUGCAUUACAAAGGUGUUAAGGGAUAAAGGAAACAAAUAA